GAUAAAAGUUUGGUCUUCUCGCACGGUGACUUUUAGUCGGCAUCAAAACACUCGCCAACUCGUCCACUCGCGGUUUUUUCGGUGAGACAAGUGACAUAUACGUGAACGUGCCGGGAAUCGAAGAAGAAACGCGAAAAUGGCGACUCGCAAUCCUACAGCCUGUUAUUUGCUGUUGACAAUCUGUCUAAAUUUUCUAGUCAUAAUGGCAAAAGCCAAUCCAACGGAAGUCAGUGAUGUUGGUUUCAAAAACUUUGUCCAGAGUGUCAAUGACAUUGAAGCAAAACUUGGAAAGCAACUGCACGGCAAAGAUGAGAACUCUGUCAUCUGCGUUCCAAGCGCUCAGAUCCUCCUGGGUCUUCUGUAUGCCGGUGCUGGUGGCCAAACUGCUUCUGAGCUGGAAUCUCUCUUUGGAGUAGACAACAAACAACUUGAGACACUCGCUAAUUUCCAAAAGUUCACUUCCCACCUAGAGGUUCCAGAAAUUAAAAUUGCCAACACAGCGUAUGUUGCAAAAGACCUAGAACUCAAGAAAGAAUUUGUCGAAAAAGGUCAAAAGUACUUCAAUGUCACCGUCAGCCAGUUAGAUUUCACAAAGAAGGCAGAAGCUGCCAAAACAAUCAACUCCUGGGUAGAAUCCAAAACUGAGAAGUUGAUCAAGGAUCUCAUUAAAGCAGAUGACCUAAGUGACGAUGCAAAGCUGGUACUUUUGAAUGCCAUUUACUUCAAAGGCAAAUGGGCACAUCCUUUCAAGCACCAUGAUACCCGUGAUGCAGACUUCUACCUCACUAAAGAUAAAACAAUCAAGGUCAAACAAAUGGCACAAACUUCCAGAUUCCAGUAUGCAGAAGACGCUGAUUAUAAAUACCUGAUUAUGCCUUACAAGGGAUCCAAGUUGAGCAUGUUGAUCAUCCUUCCUAAAGAUCACGAAACAUUUGAGAAGAAAGACAUCUCAAAAGCAAAUCUAAGUUCCUUAAAGUUCGAAGAAUUCCGUGUCCAAGUACAACUGCCUAAAUUCAAGAUUGAAUCCACCAUCGACUGGAUUGAUAUUCUCAAGGAGAAAAUUCCUACUGCAUUCGAUGGAAGGGCUAACCUUCAAGGAAUUUCUGACACUAAGCUCCUCGUAUCAAAAAUGAUUCAAAAGGCAUUUAUCAAGGUCGAUGAAGAAGGAACAGAAGCUGCUGCUGCGACUGCAAUGAUGAUGUGCUUAAUGUCAGCGCCCUACCCCCAGGAAGAUCCAAAACGAUUCAUUGUCGACCGCCCCUUCUACUAUGCUCUUCGCGUAGACUACGGCUCAACGCAUGCUCACCUCUUCCAAGGGGCCGUGCGUAAACCCAUUGUUUGAAGCGACCACGCAGAGUAACACUCCAAUGCCCUGUAAUCAAAAUGCCCAUUCCCGGUUUCCUUAUUCCAGUAUUGUAGACCUAGUCUUUAAGCAUCUAAAAUCCUCAAAAUAAACUAACAUAGGCUAGGGUAACAUGCGGUAAUGUAGUGAAAUUCAACAGCUAGCCCAGUUUGUGUUUAAUACAAGUUGAAAUCCAAGUUUCAGUCGCAGAAAAAGAGAUGAAGAUUGCUGUCUGAGAGUCAAACUGCAUUCUUAAGCCACAUUUGUACCAAAGUAUUCUCAGAGGUUGAUUUUGUGUUUAUUGAUUCAGGAACGUCUAUACGUCUACCCGUUUAAUUUCUAGCAUGCUUAAAGUAGCUCUUUCACUGAGCUUGGAUUCAUGUCUAACGCUUUUUAUCCGUAAUUUUUUCUAAAACACAUUGACCAUAGUCUAAAAUCCAUCGCGACACCUGAAUUUCAUCCCUUCCAGGGGUGUAGAGAGUUCUUCGCCUUUCCAUCCUUCCUGUCCUUCUCAUUUUUAAAACCUAUUUUCCCCCAAAAAAUAAAGCCCAUUUCAAUGACACUUUUUAUGUCUUGUAUUCAUAAAUUUCCUGAAUUUUGCGAAAACAUACACAUUUUACCGUAAUUCUGUGAAAAACACGCUUUUACAGCGAUUUUUGAUAAGACACGAAGUGCGGCCUUCUCAUUUUUAAAACCCAGUUUUCUCCAAAAUUUUGAAGCUCGUUUUAAUGACCUCUUCAUGCCUUUAUUCCUAAUUUCCCUCGAUUUUGCGAAAAACACGCACAUUUUACCGCAACUCCACGAUAAACAUGCAUCUUUUUCAGCAAUUUUUGAAGAGACACGAACUGGUCUUCCCAUUUUUAAAACCUAUUUUUUCCUAAGAAAUUUCAGAGCCAAUUUCAAUUAUUUUGUUUUGUUUUGUAUCCCUAAAUUGCCUCAAUUUUGCGAAAGAAACGCUCAUUUUACCGCAUUUCUAUGAAAAACUUGCAAAUUUUACUGCGAUUUUUGAAGAAAGACGCUGUUUUAACGCUAUUUUGAGCUGUCUUUCCCAAUUUUCGCAGCAUCUCAAUUUUUUCAUGCGAUCGUGGUAGUGGAUGCGUCGAUCGGGAACUUUCUGCUCCUCCUCCUAUCCUUUCUUUGUUACUUUUAUAGUUGUUAUCACCAGCGUGCAAAGAUUGAAACUUUGUUUUUGAUUACCCAAACGUUCAAAUCACAGGUCCAAUGUCUGCUAAGUUUAGCUUGUAUCAAUUGGACUACAUUUAUUGCAAUUAGGAACCACAAUUAUUUCAAGCUCAUCCAUAAAAGCAUGUACCUACGUAGGAAGACGAAUAACACUUAUGUUAUUUCUAAAAUGAGUCAGAAAUUGUAGCUCCUCAUUGCAAAAUGCAGUCCAAUUGGAGUCCAUAUUUACAGAGGAAACACCGUUCUAUCUCAACUUGUGUGGUCAUUGUGUUUGAAUGAAAUAAGUUUAAGUUCCUCUCGCACUUAAUCCAAGUGCAAAGCAUGAAGUUGAAUUUUUGGGUUUUAACACGAUUUAGCAUGUUGAAUCUCUAACUAUAUACGAAUUUUAACUCUUGGAAAAUACUAGCCUUCCCCUGAACAGCCUAUCCAUAAUUGUUUUGAAAACAAUGUAAGUUGAUUAGAUAAAACAUUUUGCGCACCUCUGCUUCACAGCAAAAACGACCUAACUCCAGCGCUCAUGAUUCAACGUUUUUACUCCACACAUAGAUACUGCUCUAUUCCGAGAAAUCCCGAUAACCAUAAUGCAUUUUUCAGCGUGAGUUCUCGCUGGAAUGCUACAAUUAUUCUAAAAUUAUGAAGGAUGAAUGUCCUUUUUUUUUGUGCAAUACUGCAUCUCGACAAAUUGAAAAAAAGUCUAGUAUGGAGUUACGGUGUUUUUGCUUCAAACGGCAGACCUCGUCAAGAAGUUCUCAUAUUUAACACCUUUCGAAAGUAUUUUUAAUUUGCAACAAUGAGCAAUACCUAUGCUCCUUUCGUUUUAUUGCUUUUAUUGCAAGAGCUGUAACUGAAGAACUGAAGUCUAGUUGCAUCUGGGGAAUGGCUGUAUUUGAAAUUGUAGUUUUUAGAGACUUCACUUAACCAAGUCAUAAUUUUAAGUACCUGUAUCAUUUUAUUAUGAUAGUUGUUGCCUAUGUUACUUUUAAAUUAUGUAUUUGAUUUGAUUUUGUAUUUUAUAUAACAGUUCUAUUUUUAAAAAUUUCAAAAUAUAAAGAGAGUUUUCAAAAAAUUA